UUUGAACUAAAGUUAUUGAAUUUUACUAUCUUUGCUCUUGAUAUUCACCAUUCAAGUAGGCAUUUAUGUAAGCCACUGUAGGAAAAAACUGGUACAGUUUCUCAUGAUUCAUGAACCAAAUUUCAUUAUAGGAGAAAGGUCCUCAAUCUUGAUAAGGACAGUUUGGUAAAUUUGGUACAUGUAAUAGCUGUGAUGUUCAUUGUCUUCACCCCUUAAUAAGCUAAAUAUACCUUCUUACUAUAAACUGCAUAUCUUCCUCAGCGUUUGUUCCUAGGACUCACUUUUGCUGUAAGAAUUAUAGCUUUCUUGGUUUGUGGAUGUUUUGAUUUGGCCCGAUAUUGCUUUGGAGCUGGACUAAUGAUGACUCUCGCUGUGUAAGGCCCGGCCCAUUGAAGGGAAGUGCUCCCUAAAUUUUUUUUUUCAUAUACCGGGGCGGGAACACGAGACUUCUGAUUGAGGGUGUCUUUGAAUUUGGUUGGUAUUUGCUUUGGAGCCCGUCGUGCUGUGCAAAGCCCGGCCCGUAUAAGGAAAGGUUGUUGGUUUUAUUUGUUCAGUUUAUGCAUAUUGGUUUUUUUUGUUAAAAAGGUUGUUGGUUGAUCCACUGAAGAAUUAAGUGUAUUGAAAAAUGACUUUCAAGAACAGAGGAGUAACAGAAAGGCCUUCAAGAAGUGUAGUUUCUAAAAAAUGGACGCUUUUUCUUUGUCUUGGGAGUUUUUGUGCUGGAAUGAUCUUCACAAACAGAAUGUGGAUUAUUUCUGAAACAAAAAGUGGAAUUACAAGAACAACUACAGUUGAAGCUGAAAGAUUGAAGUUAGUUUCAGAAGGUUGCAUUACAAAAUUUUUGCAGCAGAAAGAUAUAAAACUGGUAUCUAAAGAUAUUUUUGGGAAAGUUACUAACACACAUCAUGCUAUUCAGACAAUAGAUAAAACAAUUUCAAAUUUGGAGAUGGAGUUGGCUGCAGCAAAAGCAGCACAAGAGUCGAUUCUUAGUGGGGUUCCAAUAUCAGAAAGGAUCGAAAAGGGCGAAUUACGAAGAAAAAGAAAAUAUUUUAUGGUGGUAGGAAUAAAUACCGCGUUUAGUAGCAGAAAAAGAAGGGAUUCAAUUCGUGCUACAUGGAUGCCACAAGGUGAAAAACGAAGGAAGCUGGAAGAAGAGAAAGGAGUAAUCAUUCGCUUCGUCAUUGGCCAUGGUGCCACGUUAGGGGGGAUAUUAGACAGAGCUAUUGAAGCUGAGGACAAAAAGCAUGGUGAUAUCUUGCGCCUGGAUCAUAUUGAGGGUUAUCUUGAAUUGUCCGCCAAGACGAAGACUUAUUUUGCCACAGCUGUUAACUUGUGGGAUGCAGAGUAUUACAUUAAGGUUGAUGAUGAUGUUCAUGUCAAUAUAGCUACACUAGGGGAAACAUUAGCAAGGCAUCGUAAGAAACCACGUAUAUAUAUCGGAUGCAUGAAAUCUGGUCCUGUCCUUUCUCGGAAGGGUGUAAGAUAUCAUGAACCAGAAUAUUGGAAGUUCGGAGACAAGUAUUUCCGUCAUGCUACAGGACAAAUAUAUGCCAUUUCGAAAGAUUUAGCCACUUACAUAUCAGAAAACCAGCAUGUACUACAUAAGUAUACCAAUGAGGAUGUGUCACUGGGAGCUUGGUUUAUUGGACUUGAUGUGCAACAUAUAGAUGAUCGCCGAUUGUGUUGUGGAACCCCACCUGAUUGUGAGUGGAAGGCACAAGCAGGCAACAUUUGUGUUGCAUCGUUCGACUGGACCUGUAGUGGGAUCUGCGGGUCUGUUUACCGUAUAAAGGAGGUCCAUCGCCGGUGUGGUGAGGGAGAGAAUGCACUGUGGAAAGCAGCAUUCUGAGGAGAUUCAUUAAAGGAAAAUAGGUGAAUAACUAUGUCAAAAUGCUACAUUCUUUUACUUGGGAGUACAUAUUAUAUUAUAUAUACGAUCUAGAGGCGAAUUCAGGAUCUAGAAUCAGCGGAUUCAGAAUAAGUGUGAUCGUGUUAUAAUUAUAUAUAUUUCUCCUUUUGCAUAUGUAUACAUACUUUGAGCUGAAAAGCAGUCAGUUCAGUUGAACUCAUAGAAGGCGCUCUAGAUCUUCCUCUACACAAAGAGAGACGUGCCAGGAGAGAGACAAAGACUAAAAAUAGAUUUCAAAGCCUUAGAUGUGGAGAAAUCUUCUCCAUUUUUGUAGAGAACAAAGGCAGCCAUUGUUUACCGGAUUCUAAAAUCUUAAUAAAUGCAAGUCAGAUUUGCACAAUGUAGUGUCACAUUGCAUAUCAGUCCAAUAAUGCAAUUUGGAA